CCAAAUACUAGUGCCAGCGUUCACUCUACACUCUUCUCCGGCCAUCAGCUACCAUAUACAGAUCAAAUUCUGGAGAAUACUUGCCCUCUUUUAAGGUGUAAUUAUCCAAAGAAGGACAUUUCUCUUCUUUCUCACGGUCGCUCAGCAAUUUAGGGAAGGAUCUGCAAGAUGGAUAUCAUAUCACAGCUACAGGAGCAAGUAAAUACAAUUGCAGCUCUUGCUUUCAACACUUUUGGUACUCUUCAGAGGGAUGCUCCUCCUGUUCGUCUGUCACCUAAUUAUCCAGAACCUCCUCCUGCUAAUCCUACAGAAGACUCAACCAGUGUUGCAGAGCAACCAAAGCAAAUGAGUGCUGCUUUUGUUAAGGCUGCCAAGCAGUUUGAUGCGUUGGUUGCUGCUCUUCCUUUGUCAGAUGGGGGUGAAGAAGCCCAAUUGAAAAGAAUUGCAGAACUCCAGGCUGAGAACGAUGCAGUUGGCCAAGAACUUCAAAAACAACUGGAAGCUGCAGAAAAGGAGCUAAAGCAGGUCCAGGAAUUGUUCAACCAAGCAACAGAUAACUGCCUGAACUUAAAGAAGCCAGAAUGAAUAAGGUAGCGCAUAUAUCAGUUUGAUAGAUCUAAGGGGACAGUAUUUGCCUGAGGAGCCCAUUCUCGCUGGGAUAUCCCUUGGGAGGAACACAAAUCGCCUGUGUCAGUCUUUCUUAUGGGUA